AAAUUUCAACGGGCAAGGACUUAUUUUCCUUUAGAAUUAUUACAGUAAGAUGCAUCACCUGCUGCAAAGACUGCGGCAUCACAACUCGUGGCUCCAAUGAAGAUUUUCUCCCUUAAAAUUGGAACUGUUCCAGUUACUUAGGCCAGCCUGCUGCUGGGAAUAUCGAAAUUGCAAAAUGGACCAAGCAGAAUAUAGGGCUCGAUGGGAUUACACCAAAGAGCUUAACAUUCGAUUCCUUGGCCCCGCCCCACCCAGGCAGUGGCCUGAUGCCCACCGCAGGCUUUUCGCAGAUAUUCAGAAGCUCGGGAAUCAGAAAUAUUCGAGCUUCAGUGAAACCGUCUCAGUUGACUCGAUAGACAAACCCUGGAGACGUCAAACGAAGCAGAGGGCGGCACGCCUAGUCCAGCGGAGUCUGAUUUCCAGAGAGGAUAGGAAGAAUGAAGCCGGGUGGAGAUUCUCGAUUGAACCAGAGGUCCUCCAUAGAUUUACGGUUGAAGUAACCUGUCCCAGAUGUCGUAGUAGGCUCUGGAAAUCGGAGAUCGAAGCCGCGGUACUGUCCUCGCAGCCAUUUGCUCAGUCAUUGGAAGCUAGGCGUAGGCGCCGUGCGCCAUGCCGGUGUGUUGACCAGUGGGGCUACAACAGCGGAUACGAGGACGGGGUGAACAUGAUAUUCUCAGACCGCACCCAAGCAGCCAUUAAACAUGACCCACCUCUCCCUAUUGAAGGCCGGAGAAGAGGCCAAGUAUCGGAAGAGCCAGAUAGGGUAUACGGGCUACGAGACACGGGUAGCCUGAGGAAGGCAUUGAACUCGAUAGGCAAGCACACAGCGUAUGCUGGAAAUGUCCAAAGGCUCAGGGAUACGAUUGAGGUGAGCCCUUUCGAUGAUGAAGGUGAGCGGCUAUUGUUUCCCUUCUUGAUAAUGGAAGCCAAGUCCGGUAAGCACGGGGACAUGGCAGCCGUGGAAAUGCAAACGGCCUUUUGUAUCCGGCGUCUAUUGAGACUACAGCAUGAGUUACGAAACGCUGGUGAAGGUAGAGGUGGCACUUUCGAGCCAUUAGUCUGGUUUUUAUCGUGGUCUGGGGAGCGGUGGAACGUGGCAGGUUGCUUUGCCAAAGACACGCGCAGCUCUAUUGAAUGGGUGACCGUAAACCUGUGGAGUGGUGAUGUAACGGGCGAGGAUGGCUCGCUGCAGCUGCUUCUUAUUAUUGACUACAUAUUUGACUGGGCUCGCGACGUCUAUCGGCAGUCUUUGCUGGCCCAGCUCAGCAGCCUGUCCACAGAAUACAUCCCGGAGUCUGAUCCUGAGAUAUUAUCAAUCAGUGAGCGAUGCUCCACAGUUUUGACUUGUCGUUCCGACGACCCCGUCGACUUUCUUCCUCAGACAUUACCACAGUCGGUUGUAUCCAGUGGAGACUUCUUGAAUCUCUUUCAUGCAGCAGGUGUUGUGAGAGACGCUUCCGUGAUCGAGUCUAGAUUCAUGGCUCUGUAUAUAACGGAACACUAUGUGGAGCCGUUUAGGCUUUCGUUUGCCUCUGAGGGAGCAUAUCGGGAGACAAUAACCAAAAUUUCAGCUAUUCUGGAAGACUCGUGGCGCUUAGUGCCGGAUACGCUGAAUCGUAUCGAGGAAGCUUGGACAAGGACUUCCAGACCGGCUGCUUCCGGCCACGCGCCGGAUAGAAGCUCGUUCUUUUUUGUCAGAUUCGCUUUCCGGAUGUUCGUUGCAUCAGACUGGCAACCAGUACGACAGCUUGUUUGCCUCGCCACCUCCAGCAGGGCAGUAGAGAAGCUUUGGGGGAAAGGAAUGUUAGGCGUCUUUAAUAGGUGUCCACUAUACACCAGCCUCGAAAUGGAGAGGUUUCUCAACUUCUUGAAAGGUCCAUCUGCAAUUGACAGCCUGGCCGCUGCAAUAUCCAUGCAGUGCAUCUCCAACACUUCGCGUAAACGUACAGGGCCCAAUCCACCCUCAUUCGGUUUCAAACGUGACGACUCCGCUUCUGUUCUUGAGUUAAUGUCAAUGAUCAUUGAAUCACACACUAUUGGACGACGUCUGUCUCCAGACCCCUAUUUACGCUACUCGCAAAUGCAAAGCAAACAAAGUCUAUAUACAGAAGGACCAAAAUUAUGGCCGCAUUUGGAGCAGCUAUCUCUCCACUCCAACGGCACCGUACUAGUCGAUAGCGAACGACAAAGCCCUAGCAUUCCUUGCCGAUGCCUUUAUAUCGUUGACGGCUCAUAUGAAGCUGCUGAUGCAGCACGUUUGGUGGAACGAAUGUCUUACGAGGGCACCUAUUAUAGCACCAUGCCCCUGUGCCCUAGCCACGAUCCAGCAGAGUAUUUGGACUACAUCAAUCGUCCAAUAGACCAUUCCAGAUAUUGGAGGACUGAAAAGACCCUUGAAAGUUUUCACCCAUGGAUUUCAGCGCUGCAGGAGUACAAAUCCACUGGCUCUAUCCUUCAUGGGUCGUCUUCCUUCCCAAUACUCGUAUUAUCAUCUGACGAAGUCUCCAGCGACGAUGAUGACAAUGAAAUCACACAAAUUACGGUAGCGUGGAAAGAUGACUAGUUUAUCGUCUAUUGCUCUAGCGUAAUCUUGGUAUUUCUGGUGUAUGGGGCUUUUGGAUCAGUGUGGUUAUUUAGUUACCGCUACCAAAGGAAAAGUAAAGAAAGAAAGAAAGAAAGAAAGAAAGAAAGAAAGAAAGAAAGA